AUGGCUUACAAAUUAAAUGCAGUACAUUUGAACUAAUAUUUAAAUUUAAAUAAAUAUGUUUAAAUACAAUCCAUUUUCAAUUCUACGACACCUGUUGAUUGUAAUAGACGCGUGAGGCAAUUUAUUUAUAUUAUAAUAGCAUUAAAUCAACAACCAAAGAAUGACCCUAACCACAAACUUUCUCCCGCCAAGUCCAAUUUGUAUCAAAUAGUGGCGCGCUCCGUUUUAACACAAUCACAUCCCUCAAAAAAACGUACAUAAAAACCAACCACAAAUGCAAGUUCAUUCAGCGGCGAAGCAGCCAUCAAAACACUAAUCGGUAAACACAAACCGACGAUUUAAUUCCGACCGGUUCCCGUGUGUUCUUCGUACGAGAUGGUCCUCACUGACGUCGUCGAGUCUGGGGACGACGAGAACACGUCCAAGAAGAUCAAAGUUAACAACGAUAAAGUCGUUAAGAAGGACAUCAAAUUGGGCACGACGAAGGCGAAGUUGGAACGAUGCGGUACGUGCAAACAGUACCUGGAGGAGUUGACGAUCUACAACGGCCACCCGAACAAUUCCAGCGAGGAAUUCAUUGCGCUGACCGACGAAAAACUGUCUUUGUACACCGGUAACGAAGAUUUCGGCGACAAUCACGACGAUUAUCCGACGCACAAGGUGACCCAUUUCAGUGUGUAUGAUAAAAAAGGUCACUUGUGCGCGUUCGAUUCCGGUUUGAUUGAGAACAAUGUUGAGCUGUUUUUCUCUGGUUACCUCAAGCCAGUCUUCGAAGAAGACCCAUCUACCAACAAUGGUAUUCCAGCUCAUGAUUUGGGACCCAUUAAUGAAUGGUGGACAGCAGGUUACGACGGCGGCGACAAACUACCGAUGGGCUUUUCGACCGGUUACGCCGAAUAUUACCUGAUGGAACCGUCUCCCGAAUACGAACCAAUAUUCAAAAAGAUCCGGGCCAAAAUCAAACUAUCGAAAAUGGUCAUCGAAUUCCUGCUGGACCGCGGCUGGGAAUCCCCCACCUACGAGGAUCUACUGGAGCACGUGUCCAGCUCCGGCGAGUACACCGACGUCGAGGACAUGCUGCUGCAAAACGCCCAGUUCCUGUGCGACCAGGUGGUCAACUACGACAAGGGCUCGUCGGAGGACGAGAAGCCGAUGAUCUCGUACCCGUGCAUGCGCUCGUUGGUCAGCAUGGCCGGCGUCACGUUCCAGAAGCGGAAGAAGAUGCGCAAGCAGGAGAACAAGGGCAUCAAGAUCAAGAAGAGUCCGCAGUGGUCGAAGGCGACGACCACCAAACUGGUCCGCGACGUGUUCGAGAGCUUCUUCCCCGAGCAGCUGGACCACGGCGGCAAGGGACCGAAGAAGAAACGGUGCGGCGUGUGCGAGGCGUGCCAGAGUCCCGACUGCGGCGAGUGCAACUUCUGCAAGGACAUGCUGAAGUUCGGCGGUUCGGGACGUUCGAAGCAGGCGUGCAGGCAGCGACGGUGUCCGAACAUGGCUAUUAUGGAUGCGGAGCUGUCCGAAAACGAGGAGGAGGCCGAUGCGAAGCUGGAAAGUCCGGUUAGGAAGAAGGGCUGCUCCAAGAGGAUAUUGCACAAGGUCAAGUUUCCCAAUGAUCCGAUCAAGGAGCUGAAGGGGAAGAAGUGUUACGAUUUGGCUGUUGUCGGAAGCCACGUUUACAAAAAAGAGUCGAUUUUAGAGUACUUUGACUUUAGUGAUAACAGUAUUGAGAAGGAAUACCAUGAACUGCAGAUAGCACCAGGCGAUUAUGUGAUGCUAAACUCGGACAACCCGAACGAAGCGCCUUUGGUGGCGCGCGUCUGUUACAUGUACGAAAUGGCGCCCCUAGGUCCUAUGUUCCACGCACAAUUGUUCUGCCGAGGUACCGACACCAUACUGGGCGUCUGCGCCGAUCCCCGUGAACUUUUCGUCGUCGACAGCUGCGACGACCUUCCUUUGGGAUCUAUCGUGCGAAAGGCCGAUGUGGAGUUCAGGAGGAUGCCGGACAAUUGGGCGGAAGUGGGAGGCGAGUUGAAUCUUCCACAACAACUGGAGGAUGACGGCAAGACCUUCUAUUUUUCGAAACGUUAUGAUGCUUCGACUAGUCGUUUUGUGGACUAUAUUGAAGAGGCGGUGGAGCCCCUAAGUCCAUGCUUUUGUUGCAAACGUAAAUCUUCCCAAAAGAAGUACGAAACUCCCACUUAUGCGGAUGGUAAAAUCACAUGGAGAAAUCAAGUAUAUAAAGUCGGCACUGCUGUUUAUCUUAAACCUGAAGUUUACAAUUUCGAAUCCCUACGUAGCAAAGACUUUGAAGAAAUAAACGAAAAAGAAAACAAUGUGAACGCAACGUUGUAUCCGGAAUUUUGGCGUAAAAACUCCGACAACAUCAAAGGAUCAAACAACGACACGCCCGAACCCUACACGAUAGGCUUGAUAGAAGACAUCGAGGAAAGGAAGCCAGAUAUUAAAAUUAAAGUCAGGAUUUUCUACAGACCUGAAAACACCAAAUCAGUCCUGACGUCCUACACCAAAGACCUGAAUUGCUUGUACUGGUCAGAGAACAUCGUCACCACGUCGUUCAACGAAAACGCAGUGGGCAAGUGUUACCUGUCCUUCGAACAGAACAUCGUCGACUUGGAACGUUGGCGUCUGGAGGGCCCGGACCGUUUCUACUUCACCGAAACCUACGAUUACGUCAGCAACGUCUACGGCGAGGUGCCGCACGUCGCCAAGAAAAUUGGCUCGAUGGGCAAAGGUGGCGGCAAAGGCGGCGGCAAGGUUAAAGGGAAGUCGGCACGUGACCUGCCUGAGGCGCCAAGCACUUGGGACAAACCGGACAGGCCUUUGGUGUGCAUGGAUGUCUUCGCCGGCUGUGGGGGGCUGUCCGAAGGGCUGCACCAAUCUGGAAUUGCUGAAACCAAAUGGGCGAUCGAAAUGGAAAGCUCGGCAGCUCAAGCUUUCAGGCUCAACAAUCCCGAUUGUAAAGUGUUCAGCGACGACUGCAACGAAAUUCUUAAAACGGUCAUGGCUGGAGAGGGUAAACAACGACAUUUACCGUGCAAGGGAGAGGUGGAACUGCUUGUUGGUGGUCCCCCUUGUCAAGGUUUCAGUGGCAUGAACCGCUUCAACGCUGGACAAUAUUCGGCUUUCAAAAACUCACUGGUUGCCUCUUAUUUGAGUUACUGCGAGUACUACCGCCCCAAGUACUUCAUACUGGAGAACGUACGAAAUUUCGUCUCGUUCAAACGCAGUAUCGUCCUGAAGCUGACGUUACGUUGCCUAUUAGCUAUUGGCUACCAAGUGACCUUCGGCGUCCUACAAGCGGGCCAUUACGGAGUACCACAAACUCGGCGACGUCUAAUAAUAAUGGCCGCCGCCCCCGGUUACGUCCUGCCCAAAUACCCUGAACCUAUUCACGUGUUCAACAAGCGUGGCUGUCAACUGUCGUUCGUGGUGGACGGCACCAGGUACGAGAGCGGCAUCCAAUGCCAGUCGGCUCCGUACAGGACGGUCCGUGUGCGGGACGCCCUGCUGGACCUCCCAGAAAUAAAGAACGGCUGGAACAAGCCCGAGAUGUCCUACGACACGGACGCGACGUGCCACUACCAGAAGAUCAUGCGUGUGGGCGGCGAGGACGAGGGAGUCGUCAGGGAUCACGUGUGCAAGGAGAUGUCGGCGAUAGUGGAGGGCAGGAUAUCGCAGAUUCCCACGUAUCCGGGUGCCGACUGGCGGGACCUGCCCAACAUCAGCAUCAAACUGAACGACGGCACCAAAACCAGCGUCUUACGUUAUCCCUACAAGACGAAGAAACAGAACAAGGACGAGCCGCCCAGAGGUGUGUGCCAGUGCGCCACUGGUCGCAGCUGCGACCCGGCCGACCGACAGUUCAACACGUUGAUACCGUGGUGUCUGCCGCACACGGCCGACCGCCACAAUCACUGGGCCGCCCUUUACGGCCGUCUCGAGUGGGACGGCUUCUUCGGCACCACCAUCACCAAUCCCGAGCCGAUGGGCAAGCAGGGUAGGGUCCUGCAUCCGGAACAGAAUCGCGUGGUCAGCGUGAGGGAGUGCGCUAGGUCGCAGGGAUUCCCCGACAGGUUCAAGUUCCACGGCGGCAUUCUGGACAAGCACAGGCAGGUGGGGAACGCCGUGCCUCCGCCCCUGGGCGCUGCGUUGGGCAGACAGAUCGCCAAGGCAUUGGUCGAAACCGUCAGGAAGGAUGCGGACGUUAAAAUGGAUGCUAGUUGAAUUUUUAAAUAUUAAUACUGUGUCAAUUUGUCACUGAUUUGUUUUAUAAUAUUUUAACUAUUUUAUUUUAAUUACAAUAUGUUGUUCUGGUUGUUUAUGUUGUAAUGCAAUAAAACGUUGUAAACAAAGUUUGUUCAUUUUAUGUGAAUGUAAUAAGUGAUGUUUUAUAUCCCAUGGGUAAUAAGUAUGUACUAUGUACUUUAAGAAACGUAACUGUUUUUUUUUAUUUUAAUAUUUUCAUCAACAUUUAACUAAGUUUUAUGAAGUUUUAAUUGUUGUAGAAGUUGAUAUAUAGAUGACUUAGAUUUAAUUAUAUAUUGUAGUUAUUUUUUUAUAAGGAACUGUUUCAAUUAUUAUAGUUAAAAAAUACGUAUCAUCAAAAUGUCACAAAUCUUGUUUUUCAUCUAGAUUUUUAAAAUAUUAAAUUAUAAUUAAUACAAAUUGUUUUCAAUUAUUUGUUUAUAUUAGUAAUUGAAGGAUAAACAUUUAUUU